CUUUUGACGGUUGUUCCUUUAUUAGUAUCCGAAAUCGCAUAAGCAAUUUGCGCACCAUUAGGAGGGUGAAUAGCAUAGGCCUACAUCUGUUUUUUGGAUCUCCCUCUUUGCCUGAGUGAGAGGAGCUGUUAACCCCAAAGAUGCUCCUAAUCUCGCUUUCGGUUAUCCUUGUCCUGCGUGGAUUCCUGAUCUGUGCUGCAGAUGGAAUGCAAGAUGACUUUCAAAACGCUGAUGCAGUCUCCUCAUUCUAUGUGUUCGAUGAGACUGAUCCUUGCUCCGUGGUUAGCCCACCAUGCGAGAGUGAAGCUGACCGCUUCAGCCUGGAGGCCCUGAGGCACAUCCACAGAGAGCUGGACGAUGACCAGGAUGGCGGGAUAGAGGUGGAGGAGAGUGUGGAGUUCAUAAUUGAGGAUAUGCAACAGCAGCAGCAGAUCAACAAGCACAGCCACCUGCACAGAGAGGACCAGCACAUCACCGUAGAGGAGUUAUGGAGAGGAUGGAAAUCCUCUGAAGUUCAUAACUGGACCCAGGAAGAGGUGUUACGUUGGUUGAGGGAGUUUGUGGAGCUUCCCCAGUAUGAGAGAAAUUUCAAGGAUCUGCGUGUGAAUGGAAACACCUUACCCAGGAUUGCAUCCAAUGAACCUUCUUUCAUGAGUGCCUAUCUGAAGAUCCAGGACCCGCAGCACAAGCAGAAGCUUAAACUCAAAGCCCUGGAUGUGGUUCUGUUUGGACCCCCCACACGCCCACCACAUAAUUGGAUGAAAGACCUGCUGCUUAUCGUCUCCGUGGUGAUGGGUGUGGGGGGCUGCUGGUUUGCCCAGGCUCAGAACAAGGCCUCCAAGGUGCACAUCUCCAAGAUGAUGAAGGACCUGGAGAGUCUGCAGAGGGCUGAGCUCAGCCUGCGAGAGCUACAGGAACAACUUGAGAGGGCACAGGAGGAGAAGCGCACAGUCACGGUGGAGAAGCAGAAUCUGGAGGAGAAGAUGAGGGACGAGAUCCAGGGGGCCCAGGAGGAGGCCAAUCGUCUCCAUGAGCUCAGACAGGGGGCGGUGAGUGAGCUGAGCCGCCUACGCUACGCAGAAGAGGAGCUGGAGCAGGUCCUAGGGGCGCUGAAAAAGGCUGAAAUGGAUAUGCAGACCAGUUGGACAGUUCCCGAUGCCCUACAACUCUGGCUCCAGCUCACCUACGAGGUCGAGGUCCAGUACUACAACGUCAAGAAGCAGAGCGCUGAGCAGCAACUUGGCAUAGCUAAGGAUGAGGCUGAGAAGAUCAAGAAAAAGAGGAGCUCUGUCCUGGGGACUCUACAAGUGGCGCACAGUUCUUCUCUCGACCAAAUUGACCACAAGAUCCUCGCGGCCAAGAACGCCCUGGGGGAGGUCACCGCCUGUCUGAGGGAACGUCUCCACAGAUGGCAGCACGUUGAGCGCCUGUGCGGAUUCCCUGUGAUGAAUAACCCAGGCCUACCCAGCCUGACUGCUAGCCUCUACUCAGAUACGAAUUUGCUGCUGAUGUCCCGUGUCUCAGAGGAGGACAUGUCGCCCAUGAUGCCGCAGAUACCAGUGGCUCCUAUGAAGCGAUCCCCCCGGGCUAUGGUUCGUACGCGCCGGACAGGGCACAUUGUUCAGCCUCCUGUAAUGCUUCAAUCUGACCCUGACCUGAUUCCCAUCCGAGCCCCUCUGCCCCGUUAUGGAGAAGAUGAAGAUGAACAUAUACAUUAUAUUGCCCAACUGACUAAACCGGAAUAUCUGGAGACAUCAUCGGACACGGAUUCAAUGGGAUCCUCUGUCGGCAGGAUUUUCACAGGCUCUGCUCUGGACACACCCAACAGGAGACUGCUUCGCGAUGAUGCGGACAUGUUCUCCGACAGUAUGUCAUGGAAAGUUCCCAGAGAGGAACAGGAGGACAGCAACCCCAAAAGGUUGUCCAGAGAGGAGCUUGAUGAGUCCUUAAAAAUGGGCCCUUGGAAAGUUCUGAGAGACGAUCAUGGUGUAAUGAUCGAGACACCAAAGCGGAGGACGUCUCGGGAGGAGCUUGAUCUUGCCUCUGUGGAUAUGCAAACAAGGGUGGGUGUAAAGGAGGAGCCAGAGAGUGUAACGGAAUUUAUGACAAGAAAAGUCGGGUGGGAAAAGCUGGAUAAUUCCACGGAUGCACCAGUUUGGAAGGAGUCAGCAGACAGUUCCGAAGAUGCACAUGUUGGAAUGAUGACAAGAGGGGAGCAGGAGGAUGCCAGUGACAGUAAGAAAGGCAAGGUGCUCAGAGAAAGAAAAGAAGUUGAAUUCAAGAAGACUUCGAGGGAAGAUCUCGAUGUUGGUGUGGACCCACCAAGGGGCAAGAUGUUCAGCGAAAGAAAGGAACCCUGCGUGGAAGUCUCCUCAAGGAAAUCCUCCAGAGAUGAGCUUGAUAACUAUUCGGACAGCCAUUUUGGAAAGAUAUUUAGAGAGCCUGAGAUUUCCUUUGAGGCAGCCUCUAGAAAACCUCCCAGGGAUGAUACUGAUGUGCUCAUUGCUCAGAGACGACGUACAUUCAGAGAUAAGAGGGAUUUUUCCUUGGAUGCAGCCCCCACAAGGAAGAUCUCUAGAGAUGAGUUUGACUUUGCCACUGAGAGCCAAAGAAGGAGGCCUUUCCGGGACUUCCGAAUUGACAAUUCUAUUGACACUCCCACUGGGAAAAUACCGUGGGAUAGAGUGGACUUCCCGGUAGAUCCACGUCGCAUUUCCCGCGAGGAGCACGUAGCCAUGGAUGUGGGUCGCUUUGGUCAGCCUGACUUAACCACAAGCUCCUUGAAGAUGUGGAAGCCGCCGCCUGACCCUAUGAGCAUGUUGGUGUACGACGGUAUCCUUGAGAAGGCCUACCCCACCUCGUCCCUGCACGACCUACCACAAGGCAUGGUGGGAAUGGAGACUCUAGCCAACCAGACCUCUCACCGGUCCCCAAAUGCCUCACCCCCUGAAUCCAGGAGCGGCAGCCGAGAGAAGACCAAGAAGUCCUCCAAGCUCAAGAGCCUGUUCCAGAAGAAGAAGAAGGACACCAGGUCCUCCUCCCCUGAUGGGUCGACGGGCAGUCUGCAGAAGAUGUGACUAGCGGUCGGCAAACACAAAAGCAUCUCCAAAGCCAAAGGCUGGCAGAAGCUGAGACGGGUGUUGGGCAGAUCUGCAGAGUCUGACUGAUGCUCUUCUUGACGUAUACUGCUAGCUUUCGGGGCAGUCCACCAGACAGCCUCAAAUAUCAACCAGAUGGAAAUGCACAUCCAUCUGGAUAUAUGAUGUGUUCUGCAGGGUUAAAAGAACAAGUGAAGUUUAAAUGGACUCUGACAGAUGGGCACAGGCUGAACUGGUCAUUUGUGUUUGCCGAUUACAGGUUACAGACUCUCAGAUGACUGAGUUUUUUUUUCUUUUUCUAACAUUGAACAUUAAUUUGAACAUUCUGAUCGAAUGAGUCCAACUGUACAGGUUCAGAAGCGUGAACCGUGGUCCCAGUGAAACAAUGGUCGCUUAUUGACAUGGCAAGAGCUGUGGUGAUGACGUAACACCUCAAGCGAGAGGACAACCGUGGCCUCAAUGACAGGUUUCACUAUGAUAAUGAUGCUUGUCAGGCUUUUGAGGUUUAUUGGAUUAUGCAGUUUUAAGAUGGACAUGUUAAGAGUUGAAUGUCUUAAUGCCUUUUCUAACACUGUUUGAUAUCUAUGUGGUACUGUGGGAAAAAAAUUGUCUCAAAUGUGAGGAUGUUGAAAAGACUGC